AUAAAUAAAUAAAAUCUUUAAAAAAAAAAAAGUAGUCAGAGAGAAGCUAAUUAUCAUAUAUAAGGAAUUCUCAAUAAAAUUAAUAGUUAAUUUCUCAUCAGAAACCAUGGAGUCCAGAAGGCAGUGGAAUGAUAUACUCAAAGUGCUGAGGGGGAAGAGAAAACAGCCCAGACACACUUGAGAAUAGUUGACUCUAUAUGUAAGAAUGGUCUUCAACUGGAAUGAUUUCUGAGGGUAGUUAGAUUACUGUUGGACUCUCUUUUUUAUUAUCAGAAUCUGUUCAGCCUAAAAACCUGUCAAUAGGUAUAUUCCAAGGAAAACACCCAGCAUCUUAUUGGUAUCCCAACAUUUAAAAAAUGAUCUAUUAUAUAGAAAGUUUGAAUUUCUACCAACCUCUAAAAAGUCUUAUUAACAACCAAUUAAUUGAUUACACACAUUUAUAUCUAUCAUAUAGUUUCUCGCACGAUCUCUGAAAUAAAUAAGAAAUCUUUUUUUUUUUUUUUAAAGAUGAGUUUUUCUGCGUCUGAUGAGUGAAUCACUUAAGGGACUACCAUCAAAAAAGAGAAGUCUCAAGAAGAUUGCUGGUUCCGAGCCAAAGACAAGUUCAGCUGUAUACAAUGAAUCUGAGAUAGGCAGAACACCCAAUUAGGGGAUUUCAAGCAGCAUUUGAAGAUAAAUGAUUGAAGUCAGGGCCAGAGAUGUAGACAAUAGUUGAAGUCUUGUAGAUUCGCUGCAGGAGAAAAAAGCAAAAUGAAAACAGUAAAUGGUCACUGACUGGCCACAUUUAGUAAGCUGGAAGAGUCAGUGAAGGACAAAGAAGGAACAAUCCGGAAGACAGGGGUCAGUGCCAAAGAUAGGGGUUAAGCUAAUUCACUUGGAAAGGGGUAGGCACACAGACAGAUGUUCAAGACCAAGGUGAACAUAAACUAAAAGACAAUCACUGGCAACUCUCAAUAAUCAUACUCUAAAAGGCAUACUAAGAUUUUUAAAUUAGUGUUUUACUCAUCUAUAUGAAACUUACAACAUUCUCAUCUUCUCAACUGACAUUCUCUGUCAUCUCUGAUACUCACACUCAUACUACUCAAAGAGGGGGGGUUGCUGGGCAGAUUAUAUAUAAUUCUAAAUCAGCACUUAGGGCCCAUAUGUAUAAAUUAUACAGGCAACUUUCAUAACACAAAUAUAAAUCAUGUAUUUCAAUAAUUACAUCAAUUGCUUAGGGAAGAUCCAGUUUUGUUGUUUAUUCAAAUACAGAGUAGUUUUGAACUUUUAGUCUUAAUUGACAUGCGUGUGUCUUAAGCAUAUAUGUUAACCUUAUUGAAAAUAAAUCAGUUACUAUUUUGGGGAGGUAGGGCAGAUGGGGAAAGAAAUACAAAGAAAAGGGAAGAGUGAGUCCCUGCAGAGUUCUGAGACGGGGCGAGGGUGACAAACCACAGUCAUACGUGAGAAUGGUUGAGGUGCAUAAGUGGAAAUACUGCAUGGAAACUGGAGUUAUGGAAAGGAGUGUAUAGACGGAGUUCUGUGCAAAGUAAAGGUCCUGAGCAUUUAUACUGAUAGUUUGUAGCAUGAGGAAGUAAGUGGUUUCUGGUCACAUGGUGUUCCGUAAAUAAGAUUAACUUGGUCCCAGGUUCAAUCAAGUUGCAAGCUUGCAAUUAGACCAUGUUUUAUAAAAGUUUACAUAAAUCAGUUGUUUGGUGCACUAGAGCACAGAUUCUUGCACAAGCAAUGGAGUAAGUCUUCAGUAUGUAGCUGGGGUACAGUUUGAGGGGACUCACAUUUGUGUGUGUCAUCUCUUAUGGAUGUCUCUUACGUGCAUCUUCAGUUCAUUUCCACCAUCAUCUUAUCACUACAUUUUACUCAGGAGGACGCUAAGCCGACAGGAUAAAGGUAACUUGUCCAGGGUCAGCGAGCAAACAGCAGACGAGAAGGCGAACUACCAUUUGCUCAGUGCAGCUAGAUCAAAAGUUUCUUAAAAUAUGAACCAAAGACCACCCAUAUGAGACACACCAGAGUGAACAGAACACUCAGUUGGGAAUAUUCAAUUGGAAACCCCCAGUAGGAUAUUCAAAUGCAGAUUCCCAGGCUUCCCUUACUGAAUCAGACGCUGAAGGCAGAGCUCCAGGAAUCUCUAGGUUCACAAGCUUCUCUGAUGAUAGUUCUCAAUGGACAAAAUCCGAGAACUAUGGGAAAGGUUUAGGAAAAAGCCACGGGAUAGAGCACAUUUACACAAGGUUUUCGUUGGUUAAUAGUAUCCAUUUUAAAGUAAAAAGGAUGAUGAUAGUGCAAGUAAUUCCUAAUGGAUACAAUUUAAGGUGUGUUGUUUACUUUAUUCCCCCUCCUGGCAGCAGCAGUUUGUGUGUGUGGGAGACUGUCUCUGAGGUCUGCUUUCCAGCCUGUUUUCAACUUUCCUCCUUCCUUCUUCCACUUCUGGACCCAGAGACUCUCUCAAACAGCUAAACUGGGUUUGUUAGAGGAUUGUCACUGUCAAUCCUCUAAGAUCUCCCAGUGAUGGGUAAGGAGAGUGGCAGGGCCAGCUGUGGCCCUUCUGGAAAGCAGGGUCAUUUGUAAGUCACGAGUUCUGGAUUCCCAGGCUGUUGGGAUAUUUGUCCUCGUUUUCAGGCAACUCUGAUAUUUUUCCUCAGAAUCUCUUAGAUACAAUGCACAUUUGCAUUUAAAGCCACUUUGGCUGUGAAAACCUGAAUGAUAAUGGUCAGUAACCAAAUAUACCUCUGAUGAGUGUGUGUGUGUGUGUGUGUGUGUGUGUGUCUAGACUUGUGCUUUCUCCAGUAUCUCCCUCCAUAACCCCCUGCCCCACCUCCCCUCAGUCCCCGACAUCAAUUUUCUCUCUCAUCUCUGUCUAGGGAUUAAAUAUUACUGACAAAGUUGUCAGGACUAAGCCACAUUGAAUCUAGAUGCGAAGGUAACCUCCAAAAACCCAUACUGGUCAGGGGCAAGAACUGGAACCUAAGGGUUAAUGAUUUGGCAUUUUCCCAAGUCUGAAGUUCAAAGUGCUUUUCCAAAUGCUGUCCAAGGGUUUCUAUUGCAUCCCUGCUCUGCCUGGCAGUUGCAGUCACCACACUGGGUGAAAUGGCCCCUCCUUGGUUUCUGACUAGGCAUUAGCCCUUGGAGAGAAUUCAGGCUUCCUGGGGGUGAUCUCAGGACCCCAGGCCCCUCGUAAUCAAUUCUGCCCGCCCUCCUAUGGGUUCUUCUCUCUCUCUUCUCUCUUCCCUUCUGGCCUGACCCAUCUGGAUGCUGGCAGGAACUACAGAGUCAGGAAAUAAGAGUAGGAAUUAUAGUUCUUUAGAUCUUAGAUAGCCUUAGAGAUCAUUUGAUUUAGCACACUCUGUGCUCAAAUUGGGGGGAAAAAAAGAGAAUAAGGCUUUUCCUCAUGCUGUUUAUUGCUAAAUAACUCAAGUGUUCUUCAAGCAAUAGACAUUCUCCAAAAAGAAACAUUUCUUGACUCCAAGGAACAGAUUAGCACCCAUAAAUACAUUUUGCUCUAAAGGUUUGUGUCCAUAGAGAAGAAAAAAGCUACUCCCUCUGGGGUUGAGGGGGAGGGGAUAACUUAAUAAAACCAUCAUUUAUAUUUAGAAUGAACAUUUAUCCCACAGGCAAACUGGAAGAUAGAGGUCAUCUAAGGAUGCGCUCAAGAUAGAAGCCACUCUAUUGCCAAGUUCCAGGGGUUCACUCUCAAUGGCUGGGGAUAAGACAGGACGAGUCAUUGAGUGUCAUUCUGAAAUUGACCCAGAGCUAAAUGGGCUAGUCCCUAUCUUGCUUGUCCUUUUGUUAUAACUUGGAUCCACAGUAAUAAAACCUGUAGCUAAUAUUUACUAGUCUCAUGGAAACACCGCCCUAGAUCCUUUACUUGAUAACCUGGUUCAUGGCUGCAGGAGCCCUGUGAUGCAGGUACCACUGUUUUUCAUCUCAUAGAUAAAGAAAUUGAGGCACAGAGUUUCCCGGAUCACGCUGAUGGUACUCUGUUCAUCUUUUGUUGCAGAGAGAAUUAUCUUAAAAUGCAGUGGCUUAAAACCCCAUUAAUCCUUUUAUUCUUACCUCUCUCAUGGUUCCUGAGGUCGACUGCACUCAGCAAGGUGGUCUUGCACUCAGCAAGGUGGUCUGGGAUUCUCGCUGGGGGUUUCCCGUGCAGUUGUAGUCAGGCAGUGGCUGUGGCUGGAGUUGUCUUUUUUCCUGUCAUGUUUCCUCACUCAUGUGUCUGCUGGCUAGGAUGCAAGAUGGGGCUGUCACCAAGACCUCUCCACCUGGCCUGGACUUUCCCUAUUGUGUCCCAACUGGGCUCUGAGAGCAAGCAUCCCUACAGGACAGCUUAUAGGCUCAGAGAGGCUGGGUCUUCCCCGAGGAUAUCAGGUGCAGUGUAAGCUACAGAUACCUGCUCAGCUGGACAAGACUUUAAUCAUGGAGAGAAAGCUCCUAAAGAAGGAAAUUAAAAAGCUCCUGGGAGAUUAUAUUGGCAUCAGACUUCGGGAAAAUGAAUUUGACCCAAAAGGAAGAAGGCAACUCACCUUUCUAGAUGAUAUGGCACACUAUGAUUUGGCCAUCAAUGUCGCUUUGCAAUGGCUGGAUCACUCAGAAGACUUAACUUGGCUCGAAUGGGAAAAAGUGAAAAUGCCAUUUCAUGACAGACCUAUAUAUCCAAACCGGAAAGAAAGAGAAGCAAUGAUUUUAUCAUCUUAUGCUGGAAUCCUAAUGAACAGUAUCCCAAUUGAGGAAGUCUUUAAAAUGUAUGGAGCUGAUUCUUCUACCAAUUCUAGGGCUACAAAGGUUCCCCGAGCUCCACCUCUCCGCCUCUCCCUGCAUCCCUUUGCCAUGUUAACAGCGCCCCACGCCGCAGAAUACGCCCGCAAGCAGAGUGUCAAAUUAAGAAGGGGAACGACAAAUAAAAAUGCCACCAGCCGCUCUGCAAGGGAAUCAAAUGCCACAGUGUGGAAAUCAUCAAAAAAUGUACCGUUGGACGCCCAGCCAAGGAACAAAGUCACUUAGAAACUUGGAACUGCACCAUGGAAGUUCAUAAUAAAGCCUCUGGGAGAGGAAAAGAAACAUCCUAACACUGCAACUCUAGCCAGCACAUUUUUCUUUAUAGUCAGUUUGUGGUACAAAACUUAUUGAAGUGUUACUUUGGAUGUUGGGCUUUCUCCUCUUAGAACCCAAUUGUGUGGCUCUAUUGUGUUGUUGUUGUUGUUGUUGUUGUUGUUGUUGUUAAGUGUAUAUCCUAUGCUGCUUCAUUGUAACUGGACUCUGCAGCACAUUUCACAAAUGCUUAGCACUGAAUACUGCGAAGUGGAGGACUUGGAGGUAGUUUCCAGAAGUUUCGAUCUGAAAUAAAAUGAAUCUGUCAUUCAUUACCCUUCCUACGUUCUCACAUGGAAACAUUUAAAAUCGUUUCAAUAAAGCAUUAA